AAGCCAGUAAGAUUCAGCCACACUGACAAAGAAAAUAUUCGUGAAAAUUCUGCAUACGGAAAAAAGAAAAUUCGAGCAACAGAAAGCCAGCACAAGCCACAAAAAUGUCUUUAUUCGGAGCGUUGAUGGGCGAUUUCGACGACGAUCUCGGCCUUAUGAACAACCACAUGAACCACACUAUGAACGCGAUGAACAUGCAGAUGCGCUCGAUGAAUCGCCUGAUGAACAGCUUCAUGCCCGAUCCCUUCAUGCAGGUUUCGCCCUUUGACCAGGGAUUCCAGCAGAACGCUCUCAUGGAGCGUCCGCAGAUGCCGGCCAUGCCAGCCAUGGGACUCUUUGGUAUGCCCAUGAUGCCAAACUUUAAUCGCCUGUUGAACGCUGAUAUUGGUGCCAAUUCAGGCGCAUCCUUCUGCCAGAGCACCGUGAUGACCAUGUCAUCGGGUCCGGAUGGGCGUCCUCAGAUUUACCAGGCCAGCACUAGUACCAAGACGGGACCGGGAGGCGUUCGUGAGACCCGCAAGACGGUGCAGGACUCGCGCACUGGAGUGAAGAAGAUGGCCAUUGGUCACCACAUUGGCGAGCGGGCACACAUUAUUGAGAAAGAGCAAGACAUGCGCUCAGGACAGCUGGAGGAGCGCCAGGAGUUCAUUAAUCUGGAGGAGGAAGAAGCCGAGCAGUUUGACAGGGAGUUUACAUCGCGCGCUUCUCGCGGAGCGGUGCAGUCAAGACAUCAUGGUGGUGGCAUGCAGGCCAUCAUGCCCGCCCGUCCAGCGGCACACACCUCGACGCUGACCAUUGAGCCGGUGGAUGACGACGAAGAUGAUGAUGACUGUGUAAUCCAGGAGCAGCAACCGGUUCGCUCCACCGCGGGCCGCCAUUAUUCCACUGCGCCAACGGCACCGCAGAACAGUGGCAACAUUGCAACAGCAGCAGCACCAACAUCCUCGCCGACAACCUACGAUACAAGCAACGGAAACAACAAUAACUACGUGAGCUCUCGUCGUUCGUACCUGCGAAAUGGGCAUGGGCAUAGCCUGGCCACGCCGCGCCGCCCACUAAGGACACCCCCAUCCUCGCCGCUGGCUACGGUGUCCACUUCUCCAAGCAGCAUACAUCCACAUCCCUAUGCCGCCAAUCCGAGGCGCCAACAACGUGCCGUAAAACAUAAUCACACGGAGGACGAAGCGGCCAGCUCCUACAAGGCGGGCAAGCGCGGCAAGAAGAAGUAGUAGAAGCGUGAUCAUCUGUAUGCCAACAUCUUCCACAUCGCACACUCAAAAACACUAGGAAGCAAGCGUUUGGCACUGUUCCAUAGCAGAAAAACCAAUUCAAAUAUUUUUAACAAACACCAUUCUUUACCAGUUCUGUCUUAUCCUGCGUGAGUCGACCACAACGCAACACUAAAAAAUUUACAACUUCAAGAUGCUAAUGAUGUGCACGCAGGAUACAGAACAAUUUACUUAAAACAAAUGUGACUAUUCAACGCCGGAAUCAUUACAACACACUCUCUCACACCUAAUCGAAAAAUUCAAUGAAAGUAAUGGAAUAUAUAUGAAAUCGUAAUUAUAAGUUUGAAUUAUUUGAUUAAUUCUCAAGUUUUUAGAUUUUGUUAGCCACUAAGCUUUAAAUUAUGGAUGCCAGUUAGCGUGCAAAUGAACACAAUUGAUUUGAAGGCUCCGAACGAUAGAAAACAACAAUUACCAAUUCCCCAAAUACAUGUAAUUCGUAAGGCCUAAGUAAAUGUUAACGUGAAUUUAAUUAAAUGGUAAUUACAUUAUUAUAGUAAA